AUGCUCCCUUCCCCUUCCCUGCACCUGGAUGACCAAAUCCAUGAUGAGGACUCUGCAAUGGAGGAGGUGGAGGAGAAUCCCAACAACAAUGAAAAUGAGGAUGACCAGCCUUCCAGUAACAAGAACAAGGAUGAUCAGCUGUCCAGUAGCCAGAAUGAGGAUGACCUGCUGUCUGGUAGUGAGAAAGAGGAUGACCAGCUGCCCAGUAGCAAUGAUGAUGACAAGGGUUCUGAUUACAAUGAGAAUGAGAAUGAUGAUGAGCAGACAGAGAGCUUGAGUGACUCCUGUGAUGAUGAUGAUGCACAUGCUCACAAUGCUCAGACUGUUUCUUGUGCCCAGUCCCUGCUUCCCCCAUCCUUGCCACCCAUGUACAAAUCUGAUGACUCCACCCAUCCUGUAGGGGACAUUGUCCAUCCUUGCCAAGAAGGUGGCUUAAUCCAUACUAGACUUCAGAAGAAGGGCAAAGGUAGGGCUAUAGAUGCCAAGGACAUUGAUGCUGCAAACAACAGUGACCAUGACACCCAACUCCCAAACCUCAAGAAGCCAGGGAAUCUGUCCACAGCAGUGUUAGAUGUGUUAGAUGAAAUACAUGCUUUUUCUACAUGCAACAUACUUGUCACUGCAGGAUUUAGUGUUAAGGCUUCUCAUACCAAAAUUAAUGAGGCAAACCUCUUCCACUUGCGGUAUUGGGCCAUGCAGCCCAAACCAGAUGGUGCCAAUCAAAAUUCAAUCAACAAUUUGAUCAUGAAGGAGUACAACACCCUCAUGAUAGGCAUCCCCAAGGAUGACUUUGCAGCAAGGAGGGAAAAGUUAAAAGCCAUCUAUGAGUGGAGUGAGAGCUCCUCUGCCAUACUGACUAACCAAUCUGUCAAAUCUAUUGCAGCUAGAGUGGACAAUGCAAAGACACAAUUUUCUGGAUUGGCAGAGGCAUGGUCCAAUCUUGAGGAUAUUGAGAUAGUUGGAGCAUUAAUGUAUGUUGGACAGGACCCUGCAGGAUGUCAAACUUCUGGCAUAUUUGGAGGCUCCAAGAUGAUAAGAAACUUCAUCAAUGAAAAUGGCAUUGAUGUCUGGUCACUCAUGGAUAAGUUUACCAUGAUUUUCAAGUGUCUCAGGAAUGGCAAUGGUGCAGAUGCCAGGGUGGCUGGCACUGGUUCCAUUGGAGAUGUGGGUUCUGCACUGGAACUAUGUUGCCAUACAAAGGAGACUCUGAGAGACUGCAACCACAGAGUAUUUGGAAGCAUGAUGAAGGAGAAGAUGUUGGCUGCAUUGAGAGAUCUGUGUGUCACACAUGGCAUUGAAGUCAGUGAUCCCCAGAAAGUUUCCUGGCACCAGCUUCUCAAGUUUUUGUGGAAGAGCCACCUCACUAUUGUCAACUGGCCCCAUGGUGUAUCUCCACUGGGCCCUGGUUUUGAGUACAAGAAACUUAAGGCUGGCCCUCUUUGUCAACUUGUGGUACCCUACCUUCAGAGAAAACUGGGUCUUUUGUAUGAUGGGCAAACCGAUAAUGAGGAAGCACAAGAUAGUCUGGAUGAUGUGCUGGAAAUUGAGAUUAAGUGCUGGAAUGAAGAGGUCAUUGAUAUUUUGGAUGCUGACCCAUUGAAGGGUGAGAUCGCACUUGUCAAAGCUACCAAUGGUACUGUUUUGUGGCAGAUCUCAGAUGAUCCAGAGUGGCAGAAGUCCCUCAAGGAAAUGGAUCACCAGCAGCAAGGCAUGGAGGUCCUUCGACAGCCACAACCCUGA